UUGUGAUUAAAUGGAAAAUAAAAAUGUAGAAUACUUGUUUCUUUAAAAGGGUCUUUGUUUUGAUUACAAUUUUUUUUUUUAAAGAAUACCUUUAAUAUUAGGGAGAAUUAUUAUAGUUUAUAAUAUGAGAAUACCUUUAUUUCCCUAUCACACUCCUAUAAAUCCUACAUAUAAUUAGCCCAUUAUUUAGAGCCAUCACUAAAACAAAAAAUCUCUUAACAACUUCUCCACCUUCUCCCCACCACCACCACUCACCGUCGGAGAAAGAAAAAAAACAACCACCAUGAAAGACUGUGAAAACCACGGCCACUCUCGCCGGAAACUAAUAAGGCGAAUAUUUUGGUCAAUAAUCUUCGUCCUCUUCAUCAUCUUCCUAACAAUCCUCCUCAUUUGGGCAAUUCUCCAACCAUCAAAGCCACGCUUCAUCCUCCAAGACGCCACCGUCUACGCCUUCAACGUCUCCGGCAAUCCACCGAACCUCCUCACCUCCAACUUCCAAAUCACUCUCUCUUCCCGGAACCCUAACAACAAAAUCGGCAUUUACUACGACCGGCUUGACGUCUACGCUACUUACCGGAGCCAACAAAUCACUUUCCCAACAUCAAUCCCUCCCACGUAUCAGGGACACAAAGAUGUCGACAUCUGGUCGCCGUUUGUUUACGGAACCUCCGUUCCCAUCGCUCCUUUUAACGGCGUUAGUCUUGACACCGAUAAAGAUAACGGUGUCGUUUUGUUGAUCAUUCGUGCUGAUGGUAGAGUGAGGUGGAAGGUUGGGACUUUUAUCACCGGGAAGUAUCAUCUUCAUGUGAAGUGUCCAGCAUAUAUAAACUUCGGUAACAAAGCUAACGGAGUUAUCGUCGGAGACAACGCCGUUAAGUAUACGUUUACCACUAGUUGUAGUGUUAGUGUGUGAAACGGCGACGAAGAAAAAUAAGGUAACUAAACGUCUUCGUUAAGUAAUCUGUCUUAGUGAUGUGAAUUGUACAUUUUGCUUAUACGAAUAGCAAAUAUUACAGAUUCGUGAUGUUGUAACGAAUUUUAAGAAUUUCAAUAUGUAUACUUUUUUUUUAUUAUAGUUGAAUUCUAAAUUCUAUUAUAAGUUGUGAUGAUUUUUUCGAAGUAUUUUUUUUGCUGAUUUUGAUGCAUCUUCUGAUCCUGUCAAAUCGACUUUUGAUGACUUUUUCUUAUGUAUAUGGUAAAGUUUGAUGGCGAUGGAGAUUAAUUUUUAGUUGAAUAGAUUAGGCUCGUUAAUGUUUUGUGGACGUUGUGUGAUGGUGUCAUUGUCCAUUUGUCUCCAUCUUUUUAUUAAAUUAAAUAGAGAGAUGCAUUUUAUAUAGAGACUAUUCUAC